CUCUUCAACAAUAUUGAGUCAAUCCUGGUAGACUUCGCGGAAAGAGGACGCGAUUUCGCGUUAAAUGACGUAAUGAAAAUGUUGAUUCGGCUCAAUGAUGUGUACGAUGCCAGUCUAAGUGAAGUCAGUGAGCUUGAAGAAACCUUGGAACAGAUGACGCAGUUUUUAUCCCAAUCGAAGUCCACGUUGCACAUCAAUGACGAUCAGCAGCUUCGCAAGCUUUUAAGCGCAUUUACCCCUGGGGGUAAUGGCCGCCGUCACACCCCACCUCCUGCUGCAAGUAACCCAAUCCCGGCCCAAAUGUCGGAGCCCCCCGUGAAGUCGCGCCGUGCCAUUCACCAGCAUCACCGCCCAUCUCCGUCGCAACUCCUUCUUCGUGGUACGAAAUGGAUAAGUGGUCGACGGUGUACCGGCUCUUCAGUACGCGGAGGCCCAUUUAGGGGUGUUAAAAAUCGGGUUUUGUCUACUGCGGUACAUCGCCCUCGUUCUAGAAUUAAUGGACUACAGCGAAGAAACCAGGUCACAUUGGAACAUGAGCUGAAUAACCGCACGAGAAAAGCCUCUGUCUCAUCUUCGUCCUCGUCCAGCGGACCAGAGGAAUACAAUCGCGCACAUCAGAGGCCCAGGUCUACCUUGUCCCCCGUGCGGGGCCGCAAACGAGACGCUGUGCGAGCAGGUAAUACUGUAGGUGAUGCGGCAGUAGAGCGACUUUAUUGUUUGUGCAAGAAGCUCUCUUAUGGAGAUAUGAUCGCUUGUGAUAACGUACGAUGUGAGAUCGAGUGGUUUCAUUUUGCAUGCGUUGAUAUCAAGGUGCAGCCAAAAGGACGCUGGUACUGUCCCCGAUGCAGAGGCGAUAGUUCAAAGGUCAAACGAGUUGAUGCAUAA